AUGCCGCCCGCUUGUAAAAUCAUCACAAAUCCAAAUGUCGACACAAUCACCGGGGAUGAUGAUGGUGGCAAAGCUCCAGGGAUAUCGUACGGAGAAGAGCCCUCGGAAAAUGAUUCUGGUGGGGGUGAUGGUGCUCCAGCACCACAGCCAUCUGCUCCGCCAGCUGAUGAGCAGUUGCAAUACGAAGUAACACAGGAAGCGAACAUGAACAUUGAACCUGGUGGUUACACAAAUAACGAGGCGAUGAACAACGAAUCCGAGAAUGGCGUUGAUCUGAACGUCGAUAUAGGCGCCUCUUUGUCACCACCACAUAUUGGUUAUCGCAGAAUGCGCUCCCUUGACAAAUCCAAAACAGUCAUGGAUCCACAGCUCCUGAAAUCUCACGUGCUGUCGAAUUCGUCCAUAUCUGCGGUGAGCGACAGUCGUCUGACGCUGGACGUCAAUGCGAAUCGGUUGAUUGUGUUUGGUCGCGAUGAGGAAGCGGAUCCAUAUGUGGCCAAAGCGGUCCCAAAAGAGUGUCAUGUGUCACCCGAUUACCGAUUAUCGGAUAUAACAAAAGCCGAAAAAACUUGUAAUGGCACAAAGACUGGCCAUGUAAUGGCUGUUGGUAAAGCAAGGCAGCCACACGCCAGAUACUUAGCAGUCAUUUACAAUGUAUAUCAGUUGCACAAUUGA